CCUCCUCCUGCUGAGUUGGUGGAUGAAGACAAGCAGCUCCUCCUGCAGCAGAGGAUGAAGCUUAUUCUGUCAGAGGACAAGCAUCAUGCUGGGAUCGCCUGAUCUGGAUGCUGUUUAAUGGUGUGACUUCAUAAUCAUCUUCAUCAUCAUCAUCUGGUUCACUCAUAUUCAGACUCAUGAUGCACUUUUGGAGAAGCAGCGUUGGUCCAGGAGAGUCCAGCCUGAGCAGACCCAGAACAGAUGUCAUCAGGAGGAGCAGGACCAGGGAUGGCCAGUGGCCCCUGGCUUCGCACAACAUGAAUAACUCCAACAACAACGAUGGAAAGAAAGAUGAAAAGAAAGAUGAUAAGAAGGAUGAUAAGAAAGAUGACAAGAAGGAUGAUAAGAAAGAUGACAAGAAGGAUGGAAAAAAGGACGACAAAAAAGAAGAGCCAAAGGAGGUGUGGAUCAUGGAUCCGGCCACAGAUCUGUACUACUUCUGGCUGUGCACAACAUCCAUCUCCGUGUUUUACAAUUUGAAUUUUCUGGUGGCCAGAUCCUGUUUUAAUGAACUGCAGUAUACAAACUUAACCUUGUGGAUGGCUUUGGAUUACACUUCAGAUCUCAUCUACUAUGCUGACAUCUUUGUUCGAUUCAGGACAGGUUUCCUCGAACAAGGACUGCUUGUAAAGGAUGCAAAGGUUCUGAAAGAGAAGUACAUGAAGACACGUCAGUUUAAACUGGACAUCUUAUCCAUCCUUCCUACUGACAUUGUGUUCUUAAAAGUUGGAAUCAACAACCCAGAGUGGAGGUUCAACCGUCUUUUUAGGCUAGCACGGCUCUUUGAGUUCUUCGAUCGGACUGAAACUCGAACCAAUUUUCCAAACAUCUUCCGAAUUGCUAAUCUUGUCCUUUACAUAAUAAUCAUUAUACACUGGAAUGCCUGCCUGUACUUUGCCAUCUCCAAGGUGCUUGGCUUUGGCUCAGACACUUGGGUUUACCCAGACAUCAAAAAUCCUGUGAAUGCUGCCCUGACCAGACAGUACAUCUACUGCUUUUGGUGGUCCACGCUUACCUUGACAACCAUUGGUGAGACUCCACCUCCGGUCAGAGACGUCGAGUACUUCUUUGUGGUCGCCGACUUCCUCACUGGAGUUCUGAUCUUUGCAACAAUUGUAGGCAAUGUUGGCGCCAUGAUUUCCAACAUGAAUGCUGCACGUGUUGAGUUCCAGGCCAAGAUAGACUCCAUCAAGCAGUACAUGCAAUUCAGGAAGGUCACCAAAGACCUGGAGGCCAGGGUGGUGAAGUGGUUUGACUAUCUGUGGACAGAGGGGAAGACUUGUGAUGAGAAGCAGGUGCUGAAGAAUCUGCCUGACAAGCUGAAGGCAGAGAUAGCCAUUAACGUCCACCUGGAAACCUUAAGUAAAGUGCGUAUUUUUCAGGACUGCGAGGCGGGUUUGCUCAUCGAGUUGGUCCUGAAACUACAGCCUCAGGUUUUCAGUCCUGGGGACUACAUCUGCAAGAAAGGGGACAUUGGCAGGGAAAUGUACAUCAUCAAAGAAGGAAAGCUAGCUGUUGUCGCCGACGACGGAAUCACACAGUUUGUGGUCCUCAGUGACGGGGCUUACUUUGGAGAAAUCAGCAUCCUUGGAAUCAAGGGUAGCAAGGCAGGAAAUCGAAGAACAGCCAACAUCCGCAGCGUUGGCUACUCUGACCUGUUUGCUCUUUCCAAAGAUGACCUGAUGGAAGUCCUCAUAGAGUAUCCUGAUGCUAAAUAUGCUCUGGAGGAGAAGGGAAGGGCCAUCCUGAUGAAAGAUAACCUCAUAGAUGAGUCACUGGUUGCUGCAAUAGAUGCCAAAGAUCUAGAGAAUAAAGUAAACCAGAUUGAACACAGUGUGGACGUGAUGACAAACAAAUUCAAAAAGCUAACGAGCCAGUAUGAGUCCUCUCAACGGAAACUCAGGCAGCGUCUCUGUAAUUUAUCAAAUGAGGUCCAGAGCCUCCGGGAUGAGGAGUGAAGCCUUCCUGCCACACUCAGGAAGCCGUACCUCCUUGAGGACUUCAGUCCUCAUCAAAUGGAACAUGAUUAUCAUUAUUAUUCUCACACUGAAUAAAAGAACAAUGCUGCCUUGGAAGCUGCCUGUUUUUUCUCUCCAGUAGAGUUCACGAAGAGGUUGCUGGGUCUUCCU